AUGUUCUCUUCUCGUAUUUUCUUCAUUCUCGCUUGCAUUCUCUCUGUGACGAUUGCUCAGCACUACCGUAACCAACACUACCGCUAUCAGGGCUACGGUAACUACCGUAAUCCCUAUGGCACUCGCUACCAGACCAUCUAUCAAGGUUACCGUAGUCCCUACAACACUUACUACAAUAACUAUUAUGCUCAAGCUCAACCGAGUAGCUACCAGUACUACGGUAGUGGAGACAAGUACAUUGGCAAUGGGGUCCACGUGGAUUCGCAUGGAAAUGGAUACAUUGGAGCCAAAGACACCGGGUUAUACAUAUUCUGUGCGUCGAGAGGAUGUGUUGGCAGAGGAUGA